AUGCACGCUCUGUCGGAGGUGGAGUGGACACCAGCAGCAGCCAUCAGGUAAAUGGAGGAGCAGCUCCAACACUCUCUAACCUCCAUGUGAUGACAGUCUGAGAGUAAAAAGCCUUUAUUAAAGCACUCCAGUACUGACCUGAAUGUGCAGAUUCUGUGUGAGCUAAAUAUAACCUGAAGUGAUGGAGGAGAUGGAUGGUAAUAAAAAAGCUAAGAGGCUCUGAAAUAGAGACGACCCUUCAAUGUCAGGAUGAGCCCUAUUUAUACUUUCUGACUCUUUUUUACCAUGAAAUACCUGUACCUUUUAAAAUGACACGUUUUAGGAGACCGGACAGGAUCAGUAAACACGACUGUUUUGUUUGAGAUAGUCAAUGGUGGAGAUGUGCAAGAAUCAGAGGGUCUCUGCUUGCUCACCUUCACAAAACAAAGGAAACAUCCUGCAAGAGACAAUCAGUGCGUUUACAUGCUCAGCUUAGUCGGACUAAGCUCGUCAUUCGUUUUUUUUCACCGAAUCGGACUUCUCUCCUUGUCCGCGUAUACAUGCAGCUGAGAAAACUGAAUUAUUGACGUGAACAUGUCCUCCCCAAAACUAGGGGGCGAUAUUCAACAGCGCUGUUUCCGGUUGACCCCAUACAACUGUUGACAACAACAGCAGGUCUGUGCCAGACGUCAGAAGUGGCUACACUUAGUUCUGGCAGUUAGUUAGUUCUUGCAGGUCACGAUGUCAAGCGCUGAUCUGCAGCCAAUGGCAAGUAACCACCUCAACCAGCUGAUGGCCCAGCUGAUUUCCUCCUAGCUCCUAUUGGUCCUAUGCCUUUAGAGUGCCCUAUUAAAAACAGCCCUAACCCAGCCUCUUCCCCUGCUUCGAUAGCCACCCUUGUGCCGGCUAAACUGCUCCCCUACCCUUGAAGCGCCCCUGUUCUGGGGCGCUUCUGUUCUCUUCAGUUCUGAACAGAGCAGAAGAAGCUUCUUGGAUAAGAGGCGAAAUGUCCUCUUAACUCUACACAGUCCAGUUGCCUGAUUUUGGAGUCUUUGAGAUAACCAUGACCCGGAUGAAUGAGAAUCUACAUGGACAAAUUCCAAUCGCAUUAUCUGGGUGUCUUAAUCGGAGUUCUCAAACUCCUAUUACAGUUGGACUAAGGUGUUUACAUGCAAUUCACUUGUCCGGUCUUAAUCGGAGUAAGGCAAUAAUUCGGUUUUCUCGCGUGUCAUGUAAACUUACUGAAUGAUGUGACUUCAGCCGUCACUGCAGGAGUACUGCAUGCCUGAGGAGACUCCCAGUUUAACAGGUUUAUUAUUAACAGCAGAGCAAGAGCUCAGUGCUUGUAAUCAUCAGACGUAGUAGUUUGGAAGCUGUUAGCCCUGAAAACAUUUGUUACAUCCAUUUAUAGAGUGUCAAAGUAAAUAACAAUCAAGGCGACGUCUGGGACGAAUCACAGAGUGCCUGUACGUUAAUAUGAUGACAUUUCUGCUUUUUGAUAAUGGAGAGUUUGCUGUUGAUGUUGUAGUUUGAGCAGUUUGUAAAAAGUCCUUUUUAAAUGUUUGUUUUUUAAAUCAUCUAAUCUUCAAGUGUCCAAACCAGCUACAGUUUUGGUUUUCGCUCAAUCUUUCAUUCAAGAAAAACUCCUUUUCCUGCAGAUUAACUCUGCGCAGACUUCACUUGAGUGUGUUUGCAGAAGCUGCUCGUCUCCCCUGAUUUAUAAAGAGAUCAAACUGGGCCUGUGUUUCCAGGUCAACCUCUAUUUGGAACAUCUCAGCUGUGCUCCCCGAGGGACGGGAGAUUUCUACCAGAGAGAGCGGUUUGGAGUGAAAUGUGGGGCAGCUAACAUUACAGCAGACCUGCUGAACAAACGCACCGCUCAGUCUCCUCAUUCAGGCUUUAUGCGAGGAGGGACAGGUGGAGAAGGGACAGGUGGAGCCGCUUUGUCUCCGGAGAGAAUAAAGAGGCUGAGACAUUCAUCAGAGGACAGUAGAGACAGAAAAACUCAAUGUGAGCAGCUACAGGUGGAGGACGGAGGAAUUUAA